AUGAGCGAGAGUGAAAGUGAAUAAUAAGAUGGUUAAAUAGAUUAUUACAAAGAAGCUGUGAAAUUAUAUUACUAUAAUUGUAUCUUGUACAAUCAUGUAAGGAAUAUAAUAAAUGGAGUUGGAAAAAGUAAUUACAGAGAGGAAUGAUCUAAAAACUAAAGUGCUGAAAUAUGAACUAUUGGGAGGGGAAUUAGCAUAAUUGGAAGAUGACGAAAUUAUGAAUUAAUUAGAAGAUAGAAAGAAAAAGAGUAGAAGAAGCGCGGCAGAUAUUGAUCGUCAUUUUUUUUGCAACUUUAAUAAUUGCAAAAAAGCCUAUGGCACGGAAGCCUCACUCAUAUAACAUCAAAGAUUAAAGCAUGGAUUAAAUAGUGGCAUGGAUGCUUAUUUUAGAAUUUGA